AUGUCUCGAGUUUCCAUUGACAGACUAGCCGAAGAAUUAAGACCCUACAUCCAAGGGGAAAAAACUAUCAUGAGAUCUCCUGUUGAUGUGUUGACCCAAGUUGCUAUCACACUAUAUUAUCUCAGUGAUGAAGGUCGUAUGAGAAAGACUGCAAAUGCGUUUGGAAUUUCUCGACAGACCGUUUCCAAAAUUGUGAGAAAGUGCUUGGGUGCAAUUGAUGGAACACACAUUCCAAUAAAGCAGCCACGACAAAAUCCUACUGACUAUAUUAACCGAAAAGGUACUUACAGUUUGAAUGUGCAAGCUAUAUGUGACCAUAAAUACUGUUUUAUGGAUGUGGUUGUGAAAUGGCCUGGAAGUGUGCAUGAUGCAAGGGUGUUUUCAAAUUCCAGCCUAAACCAAUUGUUCAAGAAUGGCAAGAUACCACCAUGUCAACGCAAGAUUUUAACUGAUGAAGAUCCAGUUCCUAUUUUUAUAUUAGGCGACCCUGCAUAUCCAUUAAUGCCAUACUUGAUGAAGGAGUAUUCAAAUGGUGGGUCUAAUCAGCAGGAACAGUAUUUCGGUAUGACUUUGUGCCAAUCAAGGAUGGUCAUUGAAUGUGCUUUUGGUAGACUCAAAGCUCGUUUUGCAGCUUUAAAGCGUCCAAUGGAUAUUAAUCUUGAUGAGCUACCUUUGUGGUGUAUGCAUGCUUUGUACUACAUAAUUUUGUGA